AUGUCACAGCCGCGCCGCCACUGCGUAACUCUAAUCCCUGCCACCGGUCGUUGGGCCUCGCCCAGCGCCGAAACCAUCCCCACUUGGCUUCGGUCCUCACAUCUACCGGGCGGCCCUCACGCCGCUCCUAGCCCUAUCGGCCGCAACAGCUGCAGCUGGGGCCUUGGGGGACCUUGCCGGCUCCGGCGCCCCCUCGGAGCAGCAGCAGUAGCAGCAGGACGUGGCAGCUACAGCCAUAAAGACAAGCACAUCGCUGCUGCCGCUGCAACCUCCUCCGCCUCCGCUUUCUGUAUCGCGGCAUUGAGCGCCAGUCGACGGGAACCCCCCGGCAUCCGUACGUUCCAUCGCGCUCAUGGGCCCCAUGCGGUGGUGGCGGCGCCGGCGCGGGGGCCCAGCAUGGGAAGCGGCGGCGGCGGCUGUGGCGGCGGCGGCAACCACACACGGCGGCCAGGCGUCUUAUCCGCCACGACCGCCGCCGCCGCUGGCGAAGGCGAGGUAGAGGCGGAGGUGGCGCCGUACUUGGGCCCCGUGCCGGACCUGGUGACCGCGUUGGACGCCCUGUCGUACACCCGUACAUUUACGGAGAUGUGCAUUUUUCUGGAGAACAAGAGUCCCUUGUUCCGGGGCCCGGAGGUAGCGGCGCUGAUCCUUCAGGCCGCGAGUGUUUCGGAGCUAGCUGCCCAGCGGCAGGUGGCGGCGGCCAUGGAGGUGGCGGAUCGGCGGUCAUCGGAGCUGGCGGCGGCGGCGGCGGGGGCAGGGGGGGCCCCGGGGCCCGGCGGACUCAGCGCGGAGAUGCUGGCGGGAGUAGUGGAUGAGGCGCUCAGUGCGGCAGGACCCGGCGGCGGCGGCGGCGGCGGCGGCGCCGUGGAUCCUGAAGACGAGAAAACCGUACUGGACGAGCUGGUCGCCGCCAAUCAACUGCUGGAUUGGGCGACGCCGCUAUUGCGGGCACACAUCAAGAGGUAUCCCCCGGAUGCGGUUUCGGCGCUGCUCGCGUCGCUAGCGCAGCUACAGCAGUACGACAGGCGAUUAAUGGAGCUGGCGGCGGAGACCUUCAAGAGCGACCCGCGGGACUGGGUCCGUCGGGCGGCGCCGCCGCCGUCUGCUGCGGCCGCCGACGCUCCUAGUGGCGGUAUCAGCAAUGAGGGCGCCGACCCGUGGUUCACUUUGGUAACGUUGGCGGGCGCAUUUGCCCGUCUGGGUCACUACGACCGGGAGCUCAUGGCGGCUGUUGCCAAGCAGGCGGUGGAGCUGAUGCCCCAGGUGUGGGAGCGUGCGGAAGCUGAAGACGCGGAGGCGGCUGCCGGAUGGGGGAAGGGGGAGGGGGAGGGCCAUAGCGGUGCUGAUGGGCUUGGGGGUGGGGGUGCAUUCCGGGUGACAGAAACGGUGAUGGCGCUGGUGUCAUCCUUCCUGGAGCUGUACCAUCUGGAUCCGCCGCUCAUGCAGGCCGCUGGAGAGCAUCUUGCAGCCUUCGCCCACCAGCUGGGACCGGACUCGGUGUGUGAGGUGGUGGGGGCGUUUGCCGGGUUCCAGGCCCGCAACCCGCCCUUCUACUCUCUCAUGCUGAGGCGGUUGCUGGAGGUGGAGGCGGAGGUGGAGGGGGAGGGGGAGGUGGCGCAAGGGGGUGGCAGCAUUCCGAUCAUCACACCUCGCGCUGCGGGGACAUUGUACCGGGCGUGCACCCUCCUAAAGGCCAGGGGCGACGUCCCAGAGCUCAUUGGUGCCGACGUGAACCGCAACGAGCUCGACACGGCGGGUUUACUGCCGCUUAGGGACCCCAUGGAUGCGUCACCCUCGGCGGCAGUAGCAGGUGGCGGCGAAAGCGACGACGGCGGCUCCCGUCUCGUGGCGAUGCGGCUGUCGCGGCUGCUGCGGCGGUGUCUGGAGUCCUUCCCGCUGCCGGCCCUGCAGGCAACACCGCUAGGGCGGCCCACUCCGGAGCAGCUUGAGGCGGCGGGGGGGCAGGCGCCGGAGCUACUGGAGGCGUGGGAGGCCACGGGGCUGCUCACCGUGCCGCAGAUAUUGUCGACGCUUCAGGAUGUCCCAUCGGUGGAGCCGCUGCCGCCAAGCGCCCUGACGGCGGCGGCGGCGGCACCGCCGGUGUACGGCAGCAACGACGACGGCGAGGGUUAUGCGGGCGACAGUAACGAAGACGUGGACGAGGCGGUCGUUGGCGGCGCAGACGCCGUCGCAUGGGUGCCGCCGGAUGCCCUGAUGCUGUACGACAGCACCGGAUCCGGAUUUGGAGCCCGCAUUGCGGUUAAGGCACUGGAUGAGAAGCUGCACUGCUGCCGCAAUAUCGGCUUGGAUCCGGAUUCGGAGCCGGACCGGCCGGAACCUAGGUCCAGGGGAGCACUGGCGGCGGCGGCGCCGCCGCCGCCGCUGCCACGGCGGCGUGGCCGCUUGCUGCGACUGCGAGGCCCGGCUCUGUCGGAGCUUCGUUGCCUCGAGGUGUGGGGCUGGCGGGUGUUGGUGGUGCCGGUGGGGGUGUGGGCUGGAAUGGAUCUGGUGGGGCGCCGUACAUGGCUUGUACGGCAGCUGGACGAGCUUGAAAUUUCGGAUGAUCCCUGCCCCGGUGAUACUACCGGCAUCAGCCCGGUGUUGGGUCCCGAGCUGUGGGUUUGA